AGAGAGAGAGAAAUAAUUAAUACAUCCACUUUAUAGUAUUAUUGCUUCUCGAUCCAAACCUACGAAUGGAGAAAAUUGCUUUUUUCCCCUCCAUAUAAAACGAUAGCUUUAUGAUGCAGCCACUUGGCGCGCGUUCUGAUGUGGUCUGGGUACGGUCUUGAAGUGGGUCGAAGUGUUGUGUAACGGGGGCGCGCACAGAAUAGAAGCGCGCUGCCGCAGCGACAGGAGAGUCUGGCUACAGGCUGUAGAGGAGUUUAGAGUGUGUGUGAGUGAGAGCAUCAAGAGAUCUGACCCGGCGGAGAGUGUGUGUGAGUGCCUAGUGUGGGAGACAGCGGCGAGAGCGGAACGCACGGGCACGGACAACUUGGGAUAACUCACCUGGCUGGACAGAAACAUCUCUCUCCCUCCAUCUCGCCUAUCAUCUCUCCUUGCUAAGGGAUUCGAGCGGUGUGAUAGACUACUGGUCUGGCUGCGGGGAAGGUGUUAAUGUGUGCCUAUAGGAUGUAUGCAUUUGGUGGGAUGUUGUGUCGCGUGGUGUCGGUGCUAUGGCCUGUCCUUUCGGUUGUCUCGGGCUUCAACCUGCAUGCGGAGCGCCCUGCGGUGUACCGAGGACCAGAGGGGAGCUACUUUGGUUACUCCGUGGACUUCUACCGACCGACCCCCGAAAGCAGCACGUUGAGUGUGUUGGUGGGAGCGCCCAAGGCCAACACAUCCCAGCCAGGCAUCAUAGAGGGAGGUGCUGUCUACUACUGUCCCUAUCCCCUAAACCCUGACCCCACCAAGCAACCCUACAGCUGCACACAGAUACCCUUCGACAACGCCAAUAACAGGAUGAUUAAGGUUAAUGGCACCAGGGAGCCUCUGGAGUUCAAGUCACACCAGUGGUUUGGAGCCUCAGUUAGAACUCACAAAGGCAAAGUGGUGGCCUGUGCUCCUCUCUACCACUGGCGUACUGUGAAGGUGAACGGUGAGAAGGACCCGGUAGGAACCUGCUAUGUUGCCGUGCAGAACUUCAGCGCCUACGCAGAAUACUCACCCUGUAGGACCAAUGAUCCAGACCCGGAGGGACAGGGUUUCUGCCAGGCCGGGUUCAGUGUGGACUUCACCAAGGAGGGGACACUGGUGGUGGGUGGACCUGGCAGCUUCUACUGGCAAGGUCAGGUGAUGACUGCAGGCGUAGCAGAGAUAUUGAAUGGUUACUCUCUGAAAGCCGUGCUCAGGAGAGUCCCUGGAGAGAAACACACACACGCUGCAGCUGAUACCCAUGACGACAGCUACCUAGGUUACUCUGUGGCAGUGGGGGAAUUCACAGGAGACUCAGAGCAAGAGCUGAUAGCUGGUGUUCCGAGAGGGGCACAGAACUUUGGAUAUGUAGCUGUGAUUAACUCCACUAAUCUGACAUUUAUCAUGAACUUCACAGGAGAGCAGAUGGCUUCCUACUUUGGCUAUUCUGUGGCCGUUACUGACCUCAACGGAGAUGGGUAUGAUGAUGUACUGGUAGGAGCACCUCUCUACAUGGAGAGAGAGAGGGAGAGUAAACCCAAGGAGGUGGGCCGUGUCUACCUGUACCUCCAGCACUCCCCGCUCACCUUCUCCGAGCCCCUUCUCCUGACGGGAACACACACCUUUGGACGCUUUGGCACUGCCAUCGCCCCGCUAGGAGACCUCAACCAGGAUGGAUACAACGACGUGGCGGUGGGUUGUCCGUUUGGUGGGGAGGACCGGAGUGGCCUGGUGUUGAUCUACAAUGGCCAGAGAGACCUGACGGCCCGCGGCCUAACCCUCAGCCAGGAGCUCUAUGGAGCCUGGGCCUCCAGUAGUGGCCUCUCCGGCUACGGCUUCACCCUGAGGGGGGACAGAGACCUGGACAACAACCAUUACCCUGAUCUGAUAGUGGGAGCAUUUGGUAAAGGGGAGGUGUCGGUGUACAGGGCUCGUCCUGUAGUGUCAGUGGAGGCAGAGAUGAUCCUGACUCCUAGAAUCCUGAACCCUGAUGACCGAUCCUGCCUCCUGACAGAAUCUGAUACCAUGGUGACCUGUCUAAGGGUAGAUAUUUGUGCAAAGGUGAGCGGUGUGGGGAUCCCAGACUCUGUAGUCCUGAAUGCAGAGCUGCAACUGGAUUGGCUUAAAGGUGUGAGGGGCGGAGUUAAGAGAGUAUAUUUCCUGGAUUCCCAUCAGCCCCAGCACACAGGGGUCCUAACGCUUGGCCACAGCCGUCCUCACUCCUGCCUGAACUAUACUGUCUACCUACGAGGGGAGGAUGAGUUUAGGGAUAAAUUGACUCCCAUCUCAUUGGCUCUGAACUACAGUUUAGCCCCUCCUUCCAACCUGGACCUCCCCCCUGUCCUCAACCGUUACAGCAGUAGCUUCCUGCAGGAACAGGCAUAUAUUCUGCUGGACUGUGGGGAAGACAACGAGUGUAUUCCAGACCUCCAGCUAUCUGCAAGCAUAGACCAUACAGAGCUGGUGGUCGGGGAUGACAACCUGGUCAUGUUGACCAUAAACGCGGUUAACAAAGGAGAGGGGGCAUAUGAGACUGAGUUACACACACUCCUACCCCCUGAGGCUGAUUACAUAGGAGUGGAACGCAGGAUAGAGGCUCUAUCCAGGUUGAACUGUGAGUACAGGAUGGUGAAUGACUCCAGACUGGUGGUGUGUGACCUGGGGAACCCUAUGGUUGCCGGAACAGAAGUAUCUGUAGGUUUAAGGUUUGCUGUCCAAAGGCUGGAUGAUGCCGGUCCUCACAUUGACUUUGACCUACAGAUCCACAGUUCAAACAAAGACAGCUCCAAGAGCAACCCAGUCAGUCUGUCUCUCUCCAUCUCUGCCAGAGCUCAGCUAGACCUGAGGGGGGUGUGUCAUCCCUCUCAGGUGGUUCUUCCGUUUCCGCAUUGGGAGCCCAAAGAGAAUCCGGUCAAAGAGGAUGACGUAGGACCCCAGGUCACACACAUCUACGAGCUCCAUAACUCAGGUCCCAGUAGUAUCCGGGAGGCGGAGCUCCAGGUGGGCUGGCCCUCUCGUUUCCGUGACGAACACCUGCUCUACGCUCUGGAGGUUCUAACAGACGGACCAAUCAGCUGCCGGAGCAACACCAGCCUCAACCCCCUGGGCCUACAGACAUCCUCUGUCCAGGACACUCCAGAACUGUUGGGCUUUCUGAGGAACAGUAGCUCUCCUCACCGCUACAGACGAGCCACCAAUGCUGCCCAGCCCUACAGCAGCAAGACCCUGAACUGCAGUAACAUCAUUUGUCUAAGAGUUCUGUGUGUGGUCGGGCGGUUGGACCGUGGUCAGAGCGCUGUAGUCAAGAUCCGCUCCCGACUCUGGGCUCACACCUUCCUCCAGAGACGUAACGACCCAUACCUCCUCAACUCUACCGUGUCCUUCAGAGUGACGGCCCUGCCCUACCGCCUCCAACCCUCCUCCUUACCCCAACACACCACUUCAAUGGGUACACUGGUGCUGUGGGGAACUCCUGAUGUGGCGUUUGCUAUUCCUCUGUGGGUCAUCAUCCUAGCCAUCCUACUGGGACUGCUGGUCCUGGCCAUGCUAACACUGGCCAUGUGGAAGUGUGGUUUCUUUGACCGGGCUCGGCCGCCAGCGGAUGACGUGUCAGACCGUGAGCAGCUGACCUCUGACCAAUUAGCAGACGCCUAAGAACACUCACUGGCACCAUGGAGACCAGUUCCUGAUUCGAGGAGGCUGUUUGGGAUGAGUUCCACCUCUUGAGUGAAAUUAAACUGAAAUGAGAUCUGCAGGCAGACUGCAAACUCACAGAUCAAAGGUUAUUUACCCCUUUUAAAGCUGAUCUGUCAUCAGUGAGUGGACUGCAAACUCACAAACCAAAGGCUGAAGUACCAUUAAGACUGGUAUUCAAACGGCACCAGAGAGACUGGGAACCAUGCACACAGACGGAACUACACACAUUAACACUAUUUAAGCCAACACAAUGACUUGGAUGUAUAUGAGGCCUCAAGAAAAUUUUGGACAAGUAGAAUGGACUCUGGUUCUAACCCUGCUUGUAGUUGAAUAUGUUUCUAUGCACCGCUUGCCUCUGUGGGUUAGACUACUUGGGGAUCUGUAUGGUUGGAUAAUUCAGUUGGAGUUAACCAGUCUGGCUAACUUCAAAUGGAGUUACCAUCUGAUGUCAGUGACUUGGUGUCCGCCUGCUUUCACUAUUAAAUACAUUCCAUCAUUGAUCAAUCACACACAUGCACACAUACAUGCGCACACACACGAAUGCACACGUAAACACACGCAUGCACACACACGCAAACACAGGGGGCUGUACAGUAUAUAUCUAUGGAUGGUGUAUGUGCAAUAUUGGGAUAUUCUGUGUGAUACUGAAGCUUGUUUACACUGGUAUUAUUUUAUUAGAACUUGUUGUUCAAAUUGUUUGUGUAUAUUGUUUAGUUAGUAUACUAUUGUGUAUGUGAGUGUUUUUGUUGGUAUAUUAGUGUAUGUGUCUUCGGAAAGUAGAAGAACCCUUAACUUUUUCCACAUUUUGUAAUAUUACAGCCUUAUCCUAAAAUUCAUUAAAUCAUUAUUUUCCCUCAUCAAUCCACACACAAUACCUCAUAAUGACAAAGCAAAAACAAGUUUUUAGAAAUGUUUGCACAUUUCUUAAAAAUAAAAAACAAACUAUUACAUUUACAUACGUAUUCAGACCCUUAACUCAGUCUGAGGUCCUAAGCGCUCUGAAGCAGGUUUUCAUCAAGGAUCUCUCUGUACUUUGCUCUGUUCUUUCCCUUCAAUCUGCCAAAGGUGCUUCAGCAAAGUACUGUGUAAAGGGUCUGAAUACUGAAAAAUAUUUCCAUUUUUCUUUCAAAAUAAAUGAGCAAAAAUGACUAGAAAUCUGUUUUUGCUUUGUCAUUAUGGAGUAUUGUGUGUAGAUUGAUGAGGAUAAAAAAAACAAUUUAAUACAUUUAAGAAUAAGGCUCUAACAUAACAAAAUGUGGAAAUAAUCAAGGGGUCUGAAUACUUUCCGAAGGCACUGUAAGUGUUAAAACAGUGCAGUGUUUAUAACAGGUCCAACUGUUUACAAAAAGAACGUGGGACUGGGCUAAAUACAAAAAGGAACUACAUUAACAUUAGCAUUAUCCAAUGUGAGAGGUUUAGGCCUAGAUUCAAUCAGACCCAAUGUUAAUCGGCACUAGCCAACACCCCAUAACUAGCCGACAACCCCAGAAUGAUUCCAAACACAUUUAAAAAGAAAGGGAAAGUCAUUGAGUUACAUAUCAGAAAACACAACACUAAAAUAUACAACAUAAUAUUACUUCAAUACAAAGCAAAAAUGUAAUAGCCUAACAAUGUCAGGUGAUUAGGUGAUCUUCUAGGCCAAUAUAGCAGUAACCUCAAGGGCUGGAGGUGGGGCCAAGAGUACUAAUCUGGAGGGAGCUGAUGCUAUAGGCCAAUAUAGCAGUAACCUCAAGGGCUGGGGGUGGGGCCAAGAGUACUAAUCUGGAGGGAGGUGAUGCUAUAGGCCAAUAUAGCAGUAACCUCAAGGGCUGGGGGUUGGGCCAAGAACACUAAUAGGAUAUCAUCAGGUCCCAGCUGGAAUAAAAUUAGUUGGUUGAGCCUUGAAUGGUCUACUUAAUUUCGUCUAAUUGUAGGUAAAUGAGUUGGACCAAAGAGAGGCUGAGGGAGGAUUGAUAGAUCCAAUAGAAUCCAAUCCAAUAGAAUCCUUCUGCGUGCCAACAGGGAGGCAAAGGCAAUGGCAUCUAGCUGUCUAUUGGUCAGGGAAGGAUUGUUGUUUGGUACUCCAAAAAUUGUAAUUUCUGCACUAGGCUGCCACUCAAUAUCAAAUGCUUCAGAAAGGGUCUUAAAUAUAGUGGACCAGUAGUCUGCCAGACUGGGACAAGACCAGAAUAUGUGAUUCCAAUGCGCCAAGGAGCUUUUACACCUGUGACAUGUACCAUCAAUAUUUGGGUAGAAUUUGGAGAGUCUGGCCUUACUGAAAUGGAUACAUUGAUGUACCUUAAACUGUAUAAGGCCGAGCCGGGCACAAGAGGAGCUUCCAUUUACCCUAAGUAAAGGCACUAUUCUAGACUUUGUCCGAGGUCUCUCAACCAAGUUCCUUUUUCCCGCUCAGAUGACGGGUUAUCAAGGGACAUGAUUAUCAAACAAAUAAAUACAUGGAAAUACCUAAAUACACUUGAAUGGGGUAAUUACAUUUGGAAAUACCUAAAUACACUUGAAUGGGGUAAUUACAUUUGGAAAUACCUAAAUACACUUGAAUGGGGUAAUUACAUUUGGAAAUACCUAAAUACACUUGAAUGGGGUAAUUACAUUUGAUAGCAAGGUCAUCAAAAUUGGCAAAGGUGCCAUCUAUAUAAAGGUCACUAAACUUAGGCCAUUCCUCUGCCACAGACUUCAAGCUGAAUCUAGAUUGACUGGAUGGAAGAGGUGAUUAUUACAUAUAGCAUCUUGAAUAGAGAAAUCACAGAUUUAGACGGAAUUAAGGCCAAAUUUUAAGAGUAUUGACAACAAUUGGAUAGGAUGUAUAGCGCAAAGCUGAAAGAGUAAGAUUGGAGGUGACUAAAGCUGACAAAGAGGAAGAGAAAUAGGAGAUGACUUCUGUUUGACACCAGUCAGUUUCUGGGGUGCGAAGCCAGUAAACAAUAUUUUGUAUAUUCGCUGCCCAGUAACAAUACAUAACAUUAGGAAGGGCUAGUGUGUUCUAUCUCUCUGGAGGAAUGCUUUACAUAUUCUUGGACUCUAACCGUUCCCCCCCAAAAGAGGCUUGGGUAGAAAAAUAGCUGAUGUUUUGGCAGUGUCGUAGGUGUAACUGCAUUGGAGCAGUCAGAUUGGUGAGCAGCUGCUCUUGAUAACUGCCAUGAAGCCACACCGUCCCACUGGCGUUAGAAGUUCAGAACGAGAAAGUGUAGGCUAUAUAGAAAUAAUGACGCUCAAAUUUAAAAUGUAACUAAAUAAUGAGGCUUUCUAUCAGCCUAAUCGAGGUGAAGAUUACAUCUCACAUUCUCGUGUUCAAAUUUGUAAACAAGGCUACAUGGGAUUUCUCUUAAUGCGACGCUGUGCAGCCAAUGGUAAUGUCCUCUUUAGGUAUAAUACCAGGAGCCAAUUGUGGAUUUGGCAGCUCUAGCGCAGUUACACCUCCGACACCGCCAAAACAACCAUUAUGCAGAUGUCGGCUGAAGUGGAUCUGAUUGAAUAGAGCCAUUAGGGAGUAAGGUUCAAACUUCAUUUCAAUUUACUUCACUUCUAGUAAUUCACAGUAUGUAAAUAUGAAGGAUUUUUGUCACAAAUUUGAUUUGUGUUUUGUUUUUGUACUGAAGAAUACUGAAAGAUUAUUGAAAUAAAGUGUCCUUAAUUGCCAAGUCUA